AUGGCAGAGGAAGAGGGCAGUGUGGAGGAGGGGGAUGUGUUCCUAGCUUUCGCCCAGGGUCCCACUCCUCCUAGGGGGCCCCUGAGGCGUGCUCUGGACAAGAUCUUUCUCACCUUCCUGGUCCUCUUCCUGACUCUGCUGAUGCUGGAGGCUGCUUACAAGCUGCUGUGGCCCCUGCCAUGGGCGACGUUUCGGGACUGGCUCCUGCAGACACCCGAGAAGGAAGGGGCGCUGGAACUCUGA